GAGAACUACGAUGACCCGCACAAAACCCCUGCCUCCCCAGUUGUCCACAUCAGGGGCCUGAUUGACGGCGUGGUGGAAGCUGACCUUGUGGAGGCCUUACAGGAGUUUGGACCCAUCAGCUAUGUGGUGGUAAUGCCUAAAAAGAGACAAGCACUGGUGGAGUUUGAAGAUGUGUUGGGGGCUUGCAACGCAGUAAACUACGCAGCUGACAACCAGAUCUAUAUUGCUGGUCACCCGGCUUUCGUCAACUACUCUACCAGCCAGAAGAUCUCCCGUCCUGGGGACUCAGAUGACUCUCGGAGUGUCAACAGUGUGCUUCUCUUUACCAUACUGAACCCCAUCUAUUCCAUUACCACGGAUGUUCUUUACACUAUCUGUAAUCCUUGUGGCCCUGUUCAGAGAAUUGUCAUUUUCCGGAAGAAUGGAGUCCAGGCUAUGGUGGAGUUUGACUCUGUGCAAAGUGCCCAGCGGGCCAAGGCCUCACUCAAUGGGGCUGAUAUCUACUCUGGCUGUUGUACUCUGAAGAUCGAAUAUGCAAAGCCUACACGCUUGAAUGUGUUUAAGAACGAUCAGGAUACUUGGGACUAUACCAAUCCCAACCUCAGUGGACAAGGUGACCCUGGCAGCAACCCCAACAAACGCCAGAGGCAGCCCCCUCUCCUGGGAGAUCAUCCCGCAGAAUAUGGAGGGCCCCACGGUGGGCACCACAGCCAUUACCAUGAUGAGGGCUACUGGAUCAAUCUAAGAUGAACUGUGACAGAGUCUUCAAUGUCUUCUGCUUGUAUGGCAAUGUGGAGAAGGUGAAAUUCAUGAAAAGCAAGCCGGGGGCCGCCAUGGUGGAGAUGGCUGAUGGCUAUGCUGUGGACCGGGCCAUUACCCACCUCAACAACAACUUCAUGUUCGGACAAAAGCUGAAUGUCUGUGUCUCCAAGCAACCAGCCAUCAUGCCCGGACAGUCAUACGGGCUGGAAGACGGGUCCUGCAGUUAUAAAGACUUCAGCGAGUCAAGGAACAAUCGGUUUUCCACCCCAGAGCAGGCAGCCAAGAACCGCAUCCAGCACCCUAGCAACGUGCUACAUUUCUUCAACGCCCCUCUGGAAGUGACUGAGGAGAACUUCUUUGAGAUUUGCGAUGAGCUGGGAGUGAAGCGACCAUCUUCUGUGAAAGUAUUCUCAGGCAAAAGUGAACGCAGCUCCUCUGGGCUGCUGGAGUGGGAGUCCAAGAGUGAUGCCCUGGAGACUUUGGGCUUCCUCAACCAUUACCAGAUGAAAAACCCAAAUGGCCCAUACCCGUACACUCUGAAGUUGUGUUUCUCCACCGCUCAGCACGCCUCCUAAUUAGGUGCCUAGGAAGAGUCCCAUCUGAGCAGGAAAAUGUUUCUCUUUCCUUUAUGCCGUUCUCUUUUCUUUUGCAACAGUUCUUGUAUUUCUUUUUUUUUUUUUUUAAAUGCUAGGUUAGUAGAGGCUUAACCAUAAUGAAAAUGCUGGAAGUAUGGAGGGGGAGGGAGAGGGGGACUGAUAUCUCCCAAGAUUAACCUUCAUUUUUAAAAAAUUAUUGUACAUGUGAUUUUUUUUUCCUGUUCAUACAUUUGUGCUGCCCAUGUACUCUUGGCACAUUUCAAUAAAAUUGUUUGGAAAAUAACCA